GGCCUGGGAGGCGGCCGGGAGGUGGGGCGUCGCCCGGGGCCGGCCCGCGCGGGCUUCAUCAGCGGACGCGCGGCCUGCGCCCGAGUGCUGGGACCCGGAGACGCCGGGCGACGACGAGCGGCCGGAGCGGCUAUGGGCCGCCGCUGCGUCUUCCUGAUCGGCCUCUUGGGGGCCGUGUGGCUGCUCGCCUCUGGUCACGGUGGGCAGCAGCCCCCGGAGACGGCGGCGCAGAGGUGCUUCUGCCAGGUUAGUGGCUACUUGGAUGAUUGCACCUGUGAUGUUGAAACCAUCGAUAGAUUUAAUAACUACAGGCUUUUCCCAAGACUACAAAAACUCCUUGAAAGUGACUACUUUAGAUAUUACAAGGUAAACCUGAAGAGGCCGUGUCCUUUCUGGAAUGACAUCAGCCAGUGUGGACGAAGAGACUGUGCUGUCAAGCCUUGUCAGUCGGAUGAAGUUCCUGAUGGAAUUAAAUCUGCAAGCUACAAGUACUCUGAGGUAGCCAAUAAUCUCAUUGAAGAAUGUGAGCAAGCUGAACGACUUGGCGCUGUGGAUGAAUCGCUGAGUGAGGAAACGCAGAAGGCUGUUCUUCAGUGGACCAAGCAUGAUGACUCCUCAGACAGCUUCUGUGAAGCUGACGACAUACAGUCUCCUGAUGCCGAAUAUGUUGAUUUGCUCCUUAAUCCUGAGCGCUACACCGGUUACAAAGGACCAGACGCUUGGAAGAUAUGGAAUGUCAUCUAUGAAGAAAACUGUUUUAAGCCACAGACAAUUAAAAGACCUUUAAAUCCUUUGGCGUCUGGUCAAGGGAAAAAUGAAGAGAACACUUUUUACAGCUGGCUAGAAGGCCUCUGUGUAGAAAAAAGAGCAUUCUACAGACUUAUAUCUGGCCUCCAUGCAAGCAUUAAUGUGCAUUUGAGUGCACGGUAUCUUCUACAAGAAACAUGGUUGGAAAAGAAAUGGGGACACAACAUUACAGAAUUUCAGCAGCGGUUUGAUGGAAUUUUGACUGAAGGAGAGGGUCCAAGAAGGCUAAAGAACUUGUAUUUUAUCUACUUAAUAGAAUUAAGGGCUUUAUCUAAAGUGGUACCAUUCUUUGAGCGCCCAGAUUUUCAACUCUUCACUGGAAAUAAAGUUCAGGAUGCAGAAAACAAAAUGUUACUUCUGGAAAUACUUCAUGAAAUCAAGUCAUUUCCUUUGCAUUUUGACGAGAAUUCCUUUUUUGCUGGGGAUAAAAAAGAAGCAAACAAACUAAAGGAAGACUUUCGACUGCAUUUUAGAAAUAUUUCAAGAAUCAUGGAUUGUGUUGGUUGUUUUAAAUGUCGACUCUGGGGAAAGCUUCAGAUUCAGGGUUUGGGUACUGCUCUGAAGAUUCUGUUUUCUGAGAAACUGAUAGCAAAUAUGCCAGAAAGUGGUCCGAGUUAUGAAUUCCAUUUAACCCGACAAGAAAUAGUAUCAUUAUUUAAUGCAUUUGGAAGGAUUUCCACAAGUGUGAAAGAAUUAGAGAACUUCAGGAAUCUGUUACAAAAUAUUCAUUAAAGAAAACAGAAAACAAGUUGAAAUGUGCCUGUUUCUGGACUAUGAAGGCCAAAGAGUGGAAUUUUAUUCAAAGGCAUAUGAGCAAUGACAUUCUUAAGCCAAACAUUUUAUAUAAAGCUGCUUUUGUAAAAGGAGAAUUAUAUUGUUUUAAGUAGACAAUUUUUUAAAUUGUGUUAAGUCUGUGUAUAAUAUUAUUGUGAGUAAAAGUAAUACUUCGAUGAUGUGGUAUAAAUUCUUUAACAUUGAAUAUAGUCAGGAUUAUCAAAUUCAUAUAUGUUAAAACUAAGUAAAUGUUAAGUCUCAAGAAUUUUGUGUUAAGAAGAUAUAAUAUAAAUAAAGCUAUGGUUGGUAUGUUGAGCAUUUUAUAGGAAAAUGCUAAGGAGGUUCAUGAAUAAUCCAUAGUUAACAGCCUAAAAUUUGUCAAUGCAUUGAGGGUUACUAGAUUUAGUGAAUAAAAUUACAGAAUGCCCAAUUAAAUUUGACUUUCAGAUAAAAAAUGAAGCUUGCUAUGGGCAAUAUUGGGGAAUACUUAUACCAAGAUUUAUUUCCUGUUUAAAAUUCAAAUUUAACUGGGAGUCCUGUGUUUUAUCUGGCAACCCAAAAAGUACAUUAGUAUUAAAUAAAUCCAUUUUGGAAUUCUAUUGCUGUUUUGAUUGGCUUGCUUUGAUGUCUAGAAAGAUACAAUGCCAACUCAAAGACAGAAGGGAUUUCUAAGCAUUGUGAAAAAUUGAAUAGAUUUAUAUAUUUAUUCUCCUAUUACUUUACCUAGUGUUGAAUAAAAUUUGGGGGAAACUUUUUAUUUUUAUAUGAUUUCAGAUUUACAGAAAAAUUUCCAGUAUACUACAAAGAACUCUUUUACCCAGUAUUCACUGAUUGUUCACAUUUGCUUCAUCUUCCAUGUUCUCUCUGUAUAUAUACAGACAUAUACCGUAUUUUCCUAAAUCUUUUGAAAGUCUGUUCCAGGCAUCAUGUUCUUUGAACCUUAUGAAUACUUCAGUGUGUAAUACUGAAUACAUUUUUUAAAUGAUUUUUUCAGGAAAAAGAAAGUGGAGCUAUCAUAUGGUAAGCCUUAGAAUAAGGAAUCAUUUUGAGUUCCAGUGUAAAUAAAGUUCUUUUUGGGUUUGUUGCCCUUUUAAUGCUUGAUCUGUAUAGUCAUAGGACAUAUAAUUUUUUUUUUUUGUAUGUGAGGUUCAUUUCCUUUUUCUUCCUAAAACUGAACCUAAACCAAUUUCAGGAGGUUUUCAUUAGUAGCAGUUCUUCAAUGAUAAAAAUAUUUGAAGAAGUUUAAGAAUUUUGAUCACAUGGCAAUUGUGAAUGAAAAAAACUAUACCUCAAAAUGAUGUGCCCUCUUUAUGCAUUUUAGCAGGUGCAUCAUGUUGAGAUGUCAUAUUAUUAAUAAAGCAGGAUUUAUUUAUGUAAUGGUUUAGAAAUAUUUUAUACUGCUGUAUACUUUUUCUUUUCUGUGCUCUUCCUAAAGCCUGGUGUAGUGCCAAGCACAUAGUAAGCACAUGGGGGGUAUCCAGUACAUAUUUGUUGAAUGAAUGUAUGAAUAUAUAUUUAGUAUAUUUUAAAUGAAUAAUCACAGAGCUAAGUUUAACAAUAUGUCAUAUUUUCUCCCCAUCCCUCAUUUGAAUAAGGCAGGAAAAGAAAGACAUUUACUAAUCAAGUCAAUAUUCUCGGAGAUUCAAAGGGCUAUGGAGUAAGUACCAUGUGUAAAAGUUUAAAUGACAUUUGUAGUACCUGAACGUGUGGGAGAGGGGUUUAAAUGGUAAUUUUGUCUGCAUGCUUCUCAAACUUUCAUGUCACGUCCCUGCCCUCUUUUAAAGUCAGUUGUUUUGAAAGAAUAUUCCUGUCAGCACUUUGUCAACUCCCACUUGCUCCGUAACCAAAAUCUUGCUUUUGGCUCUGUAGUUCCUAACAGUUUCUUCUUUUGGAGUCAAAAAUCCAAAUUCUAAAUUCACAGUUCAGUUCAGUUCACAAGCCAUUUCUUAUUUGACUUUUUUCCCUGCAUUUGACACUGUUGGCAGCUCCGUCUUUAAAAAGUCGUUUUCCCCCCAGGGUUCCUUAUAUUUCACUCCUGGAUGCUUCUUUUGUAGCUUUUUUUUUUAUUAAUGCCUUACAUGUUAUUUCUCUUUCAUUCUUGCUCUUAAUCACCACCACUUUUCACUCCUGGGUAAUUCCAAUUCAAGGAUUUCUAAAUCCUUCUUAUUAAGCCAUAGUUAUCAGUCCAUCUGUUGACUACACGUCUUGGCGGUUGUCCCACAGAUGCUUGUGUAUCCGUAUGCCCGUGUCCCUUACUCUGGCCAACUUCAGAACCAUCAUCAUCUUGAUUCUCUAGGCUCACUCCUCUCCAUCUUCCCCUGUCCAGUCGGUGUCUAAGUGCUGUGGAGCUUAUCUCCAAUUCCCUGAUGUAUCACUGUCUUUCCUUUUCCUUUUCUCUUACCUAGAGCAGUACACUAGCCUGGCCUUUUUCCAGCCUGUCUCCCCUUGUGGGCCCCACAGUGCUGCCACAGCAGGCUUUCUAGAAGCACUCUAACAAGGUCCUCUGAUGUGUCUCCAGUGCCACCCCCAAACCCCAUGCUUUGAUAAACGCUUAAUUCUUCAAAUGUGCCAGUAUCAGGCCUCUACACCUUGAUGCAUGCUGUUCUUUUUGCAUCAGAUGCUCUAGCCAUCCUUUCCCACCUGGAAAAUUCCCAUGUCUCCAUGCAGGCCAGCAGAGAGCCUGUCUCUGUGAAAUCUUCCUUAUUCCACCCAAGAAGGAUCAUCUGAUGUCCUCUUAAAUGCCACCACUGUAAUUACAACCUACCUCUACUGUGUCACUUAUUGUACUGUAUUUUUUUUAAGCCUCCUUCACUAGAAUGUGAGCUCCUUAAGGGCAGGAAAAGGAACUUUAUCAUGUUUGCAUCUCCAUAGCAUAGUUUUUGGCACAUGAGCCCUUAAUAAAUGUUUGUUGAAUAAAUUGCUUUUAAAAUGA